CCAGAUGCGAUGCAGCAUAUUCAGAGCUGUAGUGUUAAGGAGGCUGCUGCUGCUUUUUACCUGCUUUUCCUUUAGGAGAAUAAGUUCAUUUAGAAAACAAGCGGACUAACAAACACCCUAUACGGACUCCCAACUUCUCUCUUCUCAGGUUGCAGUCAACAAGCAGAAGAGGAGGCAUCCUCCCCAGUCCUCACUCACCUCAAGUGAAUUUCCAUCGUGAACACGUUCUCAUGGAGAGAGGGGAAAAGUUUGCGUCCUAAGCAACAGUUUGCUACGACUUAUUGAACAUCCUUUUGUUUCUUACUUUUUUCCAGUUUAGCGUCAAUCCCUGGGAUUGAGGGGGUGAAAAAGAUACUGCGCAUGUUUCAGGUGGAAUAUUCACAUCUGUGAAACUUCAGCGUGGAAGUGCGCGAGCGCUAUUCUUGAGUCUGCGCUAUUGUCAUGAGAUUGAUGUGAACGUUUGGCUCGAACGGUGUACCACAGUUUUACCACAAUGAAGGACGACUUCAAUGAUGAAGAGGAGGUGCAGUCUUUUGGCUACAAAAGGUUUGGUAUCCAGGAGGGAAGUGAAUGCACUAAAUGUAAAAAUGACUGGGCUCUGAGGGUGGCCAUUGCUCUUCUGUAUGUGCUUUGUGCUCUGCUCACCAUAGCUGUGGCUGUGCUGGGAUACAAAGUGGUCCAAAAGAUGGAUAAUGUAACAGAAGGUAUGGAGAAUUAUGGUGGGAAAAUCAUGGCCGUAGAGGCAGACCUCAAGAAACUUGAUGAUGAAACGGGUGAGAAGUCAGAGAACGCCACCAGUGAACUCCUCUCAUUUAAGUCGGAAAUUCAGGCCUUGCAGAAGCAGCUCGGUGACGUUGCCAUGAAGGCUUCUAGCAACAGAGCUGUUCUCGGUGAGCUACAGCUAGCCGGCGAGGACAUGCAGAGCGGACACCACUCACUCCGAGAUCUGCUGGAGAGCAACGCCAACGUUAUCAACAAAGUAAACCACACCUUAAACUUAUACAGCGGUCUGAUUGAGAGACUAAAGACUAACACUGUGCAGCUCCAGACGAAUCUUCAGGUGCAGACAGAUGAACAGGGACGAAACACUCACAGCAUCAGCACUCUGAACUUCACCCAGACCCAGCAGAGGAGUCUCCUCAGCUCCCUCCAGAGGUCAGUGGAGGACACUAGCCAGGCUGUCCAGAAGCUUAAGAAUGACUACCAGAGCCUUCAGCAGGUGGCUAGGCAGACCAAAGCGGAUGCCGACUGGCUGAGGGAGAAGGUGCAGAACCUUCAGGCCUUAGCUGCUAAUAAUUCUGCACUGACUCGCUCUAACAGUGACUCUCUGGAGGACGUGACCUCUCAGCUGAACUCGCUUUCAGAGCAGGUGCAGAACGCCUCAGGCAUCACCGACGGCCACGACCAGAGCCUGCGAGAGCUCAUGGACCAUCAGCGAGACCACGACAAUGCCACUUCCAUGAAGUUUGAUGCACUAGAGGCACGUCUUGACCGGAACGAGGGGGAAAUGGACCGCAUUACAGGGAAUGUUAGCUUCGCCACGCAGCUGCUCGGAGCGAUCAGCGUGGACCUGAACGGCCUGCGCACCUGCGCCGAGACGGUGACCCAGCACUCGGACCUGCUGCUGGGGCUCAACAACAGUGUGGCAGAAACUAAGGCAGAAAGCACAGAGCUCAAAGCCCAGCAGGAGGAGAUGGCUGCCAGGCUUGACAAAGAGGUCAGCAGCCUCUCUAUAGUCAUGGAGGAAAUGAAACUGGUCGACAGCAAACACUCGCAGCUCAUCACAAACUUCACUAUCCUUCAGGGUCCUCCUGGUCCAAGAGGUCCUCGGGGAGACAAAGGGUCUCAGGGACUGCCUGGCAAAGCUGGCCAGAAAGGUGAAAUUGGUGAAAAAGGAGGACCUGGUAUUGCUGGGCCUAAAGGAGAAAGGGGACCAACGGGGCCUCCUGGAGUUCCAGGGUUGAAAGGGCCACCUGGUUCAAGAGGAAGCCCUGGUUCAAAGGGUUCACGAGGAUCAGGGGGCAGGGCAGGGCCUUCAGGAGAGAAAGGUGACCCCGGUAUACCUGGUCUGCCUGGAAGAGAUGGUCAGCCAGGUCCUUCUGGGCCACAGGGGCCCCUGGGACUCAGAGGGCCAGCUGGGCCUGCAGGACUUGAAGGCGCCCGUGGGCCCGUUGGCCCCAUUGGCCCACCUGGGCCUCCUGGAUUACCAGGACCUCCUGCAUCAGUAUUUGUGCCCCAGGUAGAUCCACAAGGCUUUGUCAACCGCCAGGUAGCGCCUCCCCCAACAAGUACACCAGGGUGCCCAUCUCAGUGGAAGAGCUUCAGAGACAAAUGUUACUACUUCUCAGCUCCACCAGAAACUCUGAACUUUGAUGAAACGAAGGAAAGUUGCAAAAACAAGAGUUCAUCUAUGCUGAUUAUCAAUGAUGAAGAUGAGCAGCUAUGGAUAAAGAGGCAAAUUUCUGGAAAGGGCUACUUUUGGCUGGGCCUCACAGACAGUGUAGAGGAAAACAUCUGGAGAUGGGUGGAUGGAAGCCUGCCCAACUAUACGAAAUGGAAACCUGGGCAGCCUGAUAACUGGAGCCAUGGUCAUGAAGCGGGGGAAGACUGUGCAGGUGCUGACAGGGAGACGAACAAGAAGAGGAUCGAGCUUAGAUUCCGUUGUGUUUAUAUCUCGGCCAUGCCUCUCUUCACGUCAAAUCCCUUUGAUCAAGAUGUUGAGAAAGCAACAAGUGAGAUGAACACAGCUGAGGACUGGGGCCUCAUUCUGGACAUUUGUGACAAGAUCGGACAGUCUCGCACUGGGCCUAAAGAAUGCCUGCGAUCUAUAAUGAGGAGAGUGAAUCACAAGGAUCCCCAUGUUGCCAUGCAAGCAUUGACACUACUUGGUGCAUGUGUGUCAAACUGUGGGAAAAUAUUCCAUUUAGAGGUCUGCUCCAGGGAAUUUGCUAGUGAAGUUAGCAACGUGCUAAAUAAGGGCCACCCAAAAGUGUGUGAGAAGCUGAAGGCUCUCAUGGUGGAAUGGGCUGAGGAUUUCCGAAAUGACCCCCAGCUCAGCCUCAUAUCGGCCAUGAUCAAGAACCUCAGAGAACAGGGCGUCAUCUUCCCUGCGGUGGGCUCUCAGGCAGCAGAACAAGCUAAAGCCAGUCCUGCAUUGGUAGCUAAAGACCCUGCAACAUCAACAAACAAGAAGGAAGAAGAAGACCUUGCUAAAGCGAUCGAAUUGUCUCUGAAGGACCAGCGGCAGCAGCCUCAGGUCUCUCUGUCUGGCCUCUACCCGAGCACCAGCAGCCUCCUCACCUCCAACAAGACUGAGGGCAGAAAGGUCAGGGCCAUCUACGACUUUGAGGCAGCCGAGGACAAUGAGCUCACCUUUAAAUCAGGCGAGAUCAUCACCAUCAUAGAUGACAGUGACCCUAACUGGUGGAAGGGCGAGACAUACCAGGGUGUUGGGCUUUUUCCGUCAAACUUCGUUACAGCAGACUUGACGGCAGAGCCUGAAAUGAUGAAAACAGAGAAGAAGACUGUGCAGUUCAGUGAAGACGUCCAGGUUGAGACGAUUGAACCGGAACCAGAGCCAGUCUACAUUGAUGAGGAGAAAAUGGACCAGCUGCUUCAGAUGAUCCAGAGUGCAGACCCAACAGACGACCAGUCGGACUCCUGUGAACUCCUGCAGUUGGAGGCUGCUUGCAACCAGAUGGGUCCUCUCAUUGAUCAGAAGUUGGAAGACAUUGACAGAAAACACUCAGAGCUGUCUGACCUGAACGUCAAGGUCAUGGAAGCACUGUCUCUCUAUGCGAAGCUAAUGAAUGAAGACCCAGUAUACACUAUGUAUGCUAAACUACAGAGCCAGCAGUACUACAUGCAGCAGACCCCAAACGGUUCCCAGCAGGUGUACUCUGGCCAGUCCACUGGAGGGCAGUAUGCAAUGGGUAGCACAGCAGGACCGGGAUACAAUGUUCCAAUGGAGCAGCUCCCUGCAAUGAACCAAACAGGAACACCAAUGGCUGGGCAGCCUCCCAGUGACGCCCAUAUGUACAUGAGCCAGCCUCCAGUCUAUAGCCCCUCUCCUGGGAGCCUGGCCCCAGCUGAUGUUCAUUACUACCAGACCCAACCUGGCGCUCCAGCGAACAUGACCCAGACCCAUGGCUACAACGUGCCCUCCUCCCAAAACCACUCUGCUACUGCAGACAACCUACAGACCCCUUACCCUGAGAAAGCCCUCUUAUAGGACCCCUAGAGACUCUGUGGUUUCAUAAGACACACACACUUACAGACAUAAACAAAGAACAUUCAGCUCACACACAGAUAUCUCUUAGAUAUUCUCCUCCUUUUCUUUAAGACACACACUACAUACAAACACUGAUUCUGAUCAUGACAGGAUGUGCCGAUUGUUGACUACUAACAGGUAGUGUUCUCACAGAGCAGUUCUGAUUCUUUUGGUCUCUUCUCUUUUGUAAGAACAUUUUGCUGAUGGUAAUGAGAAACGCUAAGUUAUACCAUUUGUUUGGCAUUUUCAUUAUAGUAAUAAUUAACGACGUUUCUUACAGGAAAACAUACAGAGAGCAUGCUUGUGUUGUACAUACAUUUCGGUCCCCGAUAGUCCAGCAUUUGUUACGACAGGUCCUAAAGGGGAGGUUACAUAAUUUUAAUUUGUCAUCACUAUGUGGCUGUGUGUUCAGGCCCACAGAAGUCAUCUCGCAUCUCUCCUCCAGAACCAUAUAGCGAAACACUGCCAUUGUCUUGACAGUGGCCCAUCACCCUAAUGUCUUUAAGCUCACUUUUCAGUGUUAAAAAAGAUCAAAUGUUGUUUUCGUUUUUAGUGUAUUUUAUUUAUAUUUUGAUUGUUGGCUUGCUGUUUUAAUUGACAGUACAUUAAUAGAAGGAUGUAAUAUUCUGCCUGUGUGCAGGUGUGUAUAUACAAGAGCUCACCUCUGUCUUUAGAGCGUAAUGUUCAAAGCAGCUGCUGCUUCUGUAGAAAGGGCACAUUGGAAGUUGAGGAGUAAUGUUACUCCACGUCAUGCACUUUUAAUUUAUCUUUUUCAUUACCCUCAUUUCAGAUGUGUCCAAUUAAAAUGUACAAUUCCUAAGCUCUCGAAGAACCCGAAUGGCAUUAACCCUGCACUCUAACCUUCCCUUUUUUUCCAUUACUGUUUGAAAACAGAUGAUAGAAAUACUCAUGCAACUUGUCUUGGGUUUUGCGAACUUAUCCCUUGGGAAUGAAUGAUCAUGUGUAAAUGCACUGUAGCGCAUUGAAUGAUCGAACUUCAUAAGUCCUGGCGAGGGCUGAGACUGACACUAAAAAGAACAGACUUGGUUCAUUGGAAUCUCCUACUCUAAACUAAGGCAGUAUCUCACAUCUGUCUCGAUGUAGCUACGGUGAGUUACUGAUGUUUCUUUGAGAACAUUCUGGGAAAUUGGGACCACGGGCCAGUUCUAAUGUAACACCUUAGCAUUUGCACACGGAGACGAUAUCCUUACGUCAACCUUAACCACAGGGAAAAUGACUGUUUUUGGUGUAUCAGUUCUAUGUACCCAGUUGUUUAUGUACUAUUUUAAUCAUCUUAAUUAUUAGUAUUCACAAUAAAACUAGGCCAAAUGUACAGCA